AUGCGCGUGCGAGAUUGUCUAACCACUCAGUUGAUCUCAAAAACAAUCACGAUGCAGGUAAUUGGCAUCUUGCUUGAUCAGAAUGUGUCUCGCCCUGCCCCGGAGACUUCAUGUGCACAACACUCGACGACUAGAGCAGAACUGUGUUUCCCCUCUCUGGCUCUAACCAGCCGUGGUUAUCACAAGCAGAAGGCAUCUCCACAAUGCGGAUACUGUGACAAGACCUUCAAGUCAACACGGGGUUUCUUCCAACAUGAGAACUCUUGUCGGGCUAAACGCGAGCAUGAAUGGCAAGAUCAACAAGCCAUACAGACGAUCUUAGAGCAUGAGCGAGAAAGUAGGAGAACAAAGAGAGAAAAUCAAGAAACAGCACAGGAAGCAUCUCUGAAUUCUCCAUCAUCUUUGCCUUCACUGGCAUCUCAUGCACCUUUCUCUCACCAGCCUGACUCACCUGCAUUGCAACAUUCCAGUCCGCUGCUGUCCAAUGAGCAGCCGCUCAUGGAUGACAUCAAGGUUGAGUAUCAUCCCAAGAGUGGACAUGGCACAAAGAUAUUUCAUUUCAAUGACUAUUUCAAAAAGCACACUGUUUCCAUUGACUACAAGAACGAAGAGCUCAAAUAUGAUGUUCUUGUUCGAGACACUGAGCAACUGCUCAAAUUACUGAUCGAAGAUCCAAAGCUUGGCCCAAAAUUUCAGUGGAAUGCUCGGCGCAUGUCAAAAUGGUUUGGAGAGAAAUGGGAGUCAUUUUGGGAGCCGGAGCGAUGUACUAGAUCAUACGUGUGGGAUGUUCAGUCUGAACUUCCUGAAGGUUCAAAGCCUUUAGGGAUAUAUUUGUAUGCAGAUAAGAACAAGCUGUUCACAUUUGGAACACAGAAAGGAUAUCCAGUUGUUAUGCGGAUUACCAACCUAGAAGCACAAGUUCGUCAUGGAUGUGGUCUUGGAGGUGGGCAUAUUGUAGGGUUUCUUCCUCUCAUUGAUGAGGAUGCAGAGCACACAGGCAAAACUAGCUUUGCAAACCUCAAGCGCAAAGUUUGGCAUGCUGCAGUUGGCAAAAUUAUUGAGCCACUGAUGCCGUUGGCCAAGGCUUGCAUGUGUCACAUACGUGGCAAUAAUUGUCUUAAGCUAUGUCCUGUAGGCAAGGUUUCACAUGAAGAGCUGAAAAUUUUAGAGAAGGAGUGGCCUGAGCGUGCUGUAGCUGAGGCACAAGAAGCACUCAGUCGCACUUUAGCAGGAGAGUGUGAACAAGCCUCAAAAGACCUUGGCUUACGUACACUCCGUAACAUCACAUGGGAUUUUUCUCAUACUGAUUCCCACAAGGCCAGAUCUUUUAACGAGCUUCACUACUGUAAAAGUGGUGUCUUUGGCUAUCAUUGUCUAAAGGAGUUAAAGGCUCAAAUCAAAGUGCAUGAAGCAAAUGGUCAAUCUUUCAAUCUGGAUAAAACAUUAUAUCAAUUAUUGAGCAUUAAACAAAUUUCACACUGGCAAAACCUUACCAUUUUGAGAAUGGCUUCACACAGAUCAAUUUCACAGAUGGAAAAUCCACGAGAGUACACUCUUUUAUGGCUUAUUUGCAACUACACCAAGUGCAAAACUCUUGCUGGUCUUGAAGUCCAUACGGAGUCCACUUUGCAAGCAUUAGAAGAUGUCAUUUUGUCUUUUGGAGCUAUACUUAAUCUAAAGAAGGAAUAUGACAAAUACGGUGAAAAUGAUGCUCAAUCCAAGGACUGGAAUGUAAUCAAGAUUUACAUCCAGAAGCAUAUCAAACGUGAUGUGUGCCUUAAAUAUACCCUGUUGAGUAUGACUACAAAGCAGUCUGAGAAGUUUCAUGGCCCUAUGCGGAAAAAUUAUCUAAACCGCACAAAUUUCAAACAUGUCAUAGAGCAGAAGAGCAGGCACAAAGCAGAGGAAAAGGCACAGAAAGAGAAAAAUGAAGCAGAGGGAGGAAAGCCAGAAAAAGAGCAGGAAACCACACAAUGGCAUCAAAUUUACCUUGAAGUUCCCUAUCCAUCAAUCAGCUUUUCUGCUCUUGAACGUGCACACACCAAUGAUCCAGCAUUUGACAGGUUCAGAAUUCGGCUCAACAAGUUUCUGCAUACUUUUCUGAAUAUCCCUGAAAACCGCAUUGCCUCAGAAUUAGAGAAUGAGCCUGAUAACUACAUAUACACCACACAGCUCACUGCUACAGACACGAUCACUGAAUGCUGGCUCCUUCAAGUUGACUAUAAGUCAACGGUGACAUGGGAGCUUAUAGAAGACAAGCUGCGCUGCAGUCCAGACUUCCACGGUCACCUCCGAUACGAUACUAUUAUUUUCAGAGAUGGACCAAACACAUUCACCUUUGCAUGGCUUGUCAGUAUCUUUAUUUGCCAGACAGAUGGGCACCGGCCCCCGGUAGCACUUGUGCAGCCAUUUGAUGUUGGUAUUGGUGGCUGA